UUCUGUACUGAUUAGAGUUUUCUAAAAGAAAGUAAGCCUGCUAGUUGCAGAAGGUUUGUCUUUUAUCUUUCCAGGGGACUGUGAGAUGGCGCUGUGUGGAGGCGUCAGCUGCAUCAUCGAACCACGAGUCUUUGUUGCUCUUAGCAAAGCAAAAAUGAUCUCACCUGAUGGCACCAGCAAGCCCUUCUCCAGUAGAGCAGAUGGAUAUGGAAGGGGAGAAGGCUGUGGGAUUGUCCUCCUGAAACCGCUGAAGGAGGCUUUGAGGAGCUCCGACCAUGUGUGGGGGAUCGUUAGUAAAACUGCGGUCAAUCAAGAUGGCCGCUCCGUCACUCCAAUCACCAAGCCAUCCAUGGUUCAGCAGGAAGAGCUCCUGCGCAGAAUUUACUCUGCACAGACAGAUCCAUCACAGGUUCAGUACGUAGAAGCCCAUGGGACUGGAACUCCAGUGGGAGAUCCCACAGAAGCUACCAGCAUCUCUAAGGUUAUUGCCAAAGGCAGACCACCAGGAUCAGCAGCACUUUACAUUGGCUCUGUCAAAGGAAACAUCGGCCACACUGAAUCUGCAGCUGGAGUAGCGGGACUCAUCAAGGUACUUCUGAUGAUGCACCAUGAAACCAUAGUUCCCUCCGUCUUCUAUUCUGAGGAUAAUGCCAGUAUAGAUGCUAAAGCCUUGAAUAUAAAAAUUCCUACUAAAGUAGAGAAAUGGGAAAUUCCUGGUCCAGCUGGAAGGGUCGCAGGAAUCAACAGUUUUGGGUUUGGUGGGACUAAUGCCCAUGCAAUUGUGAGACAAUGGAGAGAACCACAGAUAUGUAAAUCAAACACUGAAGAUUCAUUUCAGUUCUUUGUACUAUCUGCAGCUUCUGAGAAAUCACUUAAAAUGACGAUGGAGGACACAGUGCAAAAGAUAAGUACUGACAAUAAAUUAGAAGUAAAAGCCAUAGUUUACACAUCAGCCUGCAGAAGGAGUCAUGCAAAGCACAAGUACAGAAAAGUCUUCAUGGUCUCCUCUCUUAGUAAACUACAGGCUGAACUUAAAUCAUCCCUUAACAAAAAGUUCUUGCCAUCAAAGUCAGACCCCCAAUUAGUUUUUGUCUUCUGUGGAAACGGGGUUACUUACAGAGGCAUGUGCAAGCAGUUGCUAAAAAGAGAGAGCAUUUUCAGAGAAAAAAUAUUAGAAAUCGAGAACAUUUUCCAGAAGUACAGUAGCAUGAGCAUCCUGCAAAAACUGGAAAGUGAUUAUGGCAAUGAUGAUUCUUCUAAGCCAGAUGUUGUGCAACCUCUCCUGUUUGCAAUUCAGAGGACGCAGUGA